GGCCUUGCCUCUUUCUUUCUCUCCUCUCCCGUCCACGUCCCACGUCCCAUUCUUGCGCUACGGUAUCUGGAUUCCCCACCACGCUAAUCUGUAUCUCUCCUUCACUUUCCAUUCGUCAUUUCUUCAUCCCGGUCUGCAUCUGUAGCAUUAGAACGCCAUCAUCAUGAAUUAUAUCCAGCUCGAGAAACUAGGCGAGGGCACAUAUGCCACUGUAUACAAGGGACGUUCAAGAACGACGAAUGAAGUGGUCGCACUUAAGGAAAUUCACCUUGAUGCCGAGGAGGGUACUCCGUCAACCGCGAUCCGAGAGAUCUCCCUCAUGAAGGAGCUCAAGCAUGUCAACAUCGUCCGACUUUACGACGUUAUCCAUACCGAGACCAAGCUCGUUCUCAUCUUCGAGUAUUGCGAUCGGGACUUAAAGAAGUACAUGGAUGCGCACGGUGAUCGUGGUGCUCUCGACCCAGUCACCGUUAGGAGUUUCAUGUAUCAACUCUUGAAAGGGACCGCCUUCUGCCAUGAGAAUAGAGUUUUGCACAGAGAUCUGAAACCUCAGAACUUGCUGAUCAAUAGGAAGGGAGAGUUGAAGCUUGGCGACUUUGGUCUGGCACGAGCCUUCGGUGUACCCGUGAACACGUUCUCAAACGAGGUCGUCACGCUUUGGUAUCGUGCUCCUGACGUUCUUCUUGGCUCUCGGACAUAUAGCACCUCAAUCGAUGUUUGGUCCUGUGGCUGUAUCUUUGCAGAGAUGAUCUCUGGAGUACCUCUCUUCCGAGGGCGCGAUAACCAGGAUCAACUUCUGCACAUCAUGCGCAUUAUUGGUACACCAGAGGAUCGUCUUCUUCGCAAGAUCGCUACCGAAGCAGCGGUAAGUUUUCGAUAUAUGCCAUGUAUGCAUGUUGUUUACUUCGUAUUUCUUUAUCAGCCUUCGACGCCUGAAGGUCAACAACAAGCCGCGAACGCCUCCAAACAAUAUCCCCGCUAUCCAAAGAUUCCCUUCCAACAGGUCCUCCCUAAAGCAUCCCCACAGGCCAUCGAUCUUCUCGAGCGACUCCUCCAAUUUGACCCUAACAAGCGUAUCUCAGCAGCUGAGGCGCUGAACCACCCUUACUUCACGUCAACCGCACUUCCUUAUCCAGUUCCGCCUCCCGGUGCGAUGGGUCCCCCGACGUACAAUUUCCCUCAUCCCCACGCGGCUCAUCACCAGCAGAUUACUCAGCAGCAGCAGGCUCAGGCUCAUGCCCAGGCUCAGGCUCAUGCGGCGUAUAUGGCUCAGCAGGGCAUUCCCCAACAGCCUAUGCAGCAGAUGCAGCCUGGGAUGUAUCCCGUGCAAGCCCAGCAGCAGCAACAGCAACAGCAACAACAGCAACAACAAGCUCGUAUCGCAAGUAGUAUACAUGCCCCCCCACCAGAGAACGUUCAUGUUCAUUCCGUCGCAUGGUAGUAUCAGCAGGACUUUUUGUUGACUGGUGUAUCCUCCGGUUAGAUUUGUAGCAAGGUGUCUCUUUCUUUUUCAUUUCUUUUGUACAUGUUGUCACUUCCCGAUUUAUACUAGGUAGGAUUAUCACAAUGUAAUGAACAGCUCUGGCACCUCUGUUGAUGGACUUCUUGCACAAUAUCGAGGAUCCCGUGGUACACGCAUUUUGACUUUCAAUCUAAGCAUAUUGCUGAACCGAAAAAAGAGGAGAUGAUCCUCCAUCAACCAACCCUCGCUUUCUAAGAUGUCAGUGACCAUCCUCGUGAUGGCUGCAUCAACGCAGUUUGUUCUGGAGACCUUCAGUUCAUUGGCCUACCACAUGGAAGGCGGAUAAGCAUCCCGCAGAGCUACGUGAAUUGGCCUUCAUCGAUGUGCCUCGCGUUGGCUCUGAGUCUCCAUGACCCAUUCAGCAAGAUCUCCUUCGAAGUGGUACAAGGGACUAGUAUGGCUUCGGAAUGAAGAGGCUAUGCUAAUGCUGCUAUAGCAGACGCAGGAAAGUAGCGUCUAGUCUUAUGUUCCGAUGACGCUGAAGCCCAUGGUCCGCACGCUACCUUGUUGAUCCAUAGCUCUGAAGAUUCAGAUUCGCCAUAUCUCUUGGCGUGUCCCCUUUUCGUCGUCGUAAAGUAUGGGAAAUCGUCGUGCUUUAUUGGGACAUAUGAUCAUUAGGUCGUCCUGCCGUCAAAGUUUAGUUGGUUUCUCAUUCACAUUGCAAUGACAUCCAGACUCCUACAGAACGGGCAGCCGAAUAGCACAUCCCUCAUUUGCCGCGCCGAAAACAUCCUGUAAAUCCAUUAGGAGAAGUACAUUCUAUAACCCUUGACUAACCUGUUCUAU